AAUAUCCUUUAUUGAAUGGAUAAACAAACAGUGACACAUCCAUAUAAUGGAAUGCUACUCAGCCAUACAAAAGGAUGAACUACUGAAAAUCACAACAACAUAGAUGAAUCAUAAAUGCAUUAUGCUAACUUAGUAAAGGAAGGGAGAACCCAAAAGGCUACAGACUGUAUUCUCCAUUUAUAUGAUAAUCCGGAAAAGAAAACUAUAGGGGAGAACAUAUCAGUAGUUCCCAGAGGAUAAGACGAAGGGAGGGGUUGACUACAUACAAUAGGACAGUAAGAGAAUUUGGGGGGUGGUGGUGAUGGAAUUACUUUUUAUUGUGAUGUUUACAUGUAUAUGCAUUUGUCAACAUUCAUAGACCAGUACACCAAAAAGUGAAUUUUACUAUAUAAAGUUUAAAAAUAAAUGCAUAAAAAUAAUAUAGUCGAGUAAAUUCAAACAAUAUAAGGAAUUUAAUAAGAAAGUCUCCCUCCCAGAUCUUGGUGAUAAUAGAUCUGUAUUUUGAGUGCAGUGAUGGUCAUAUACAUCCAUACACGUGAUAAAAUGAUAGAGAACUAUACACGCACAUUACACCAAUAUCAACUUCCUGCUUUUGAUAUUGUACUAUAAUUAAGAUGUAACCGGCCAGGCACGGUGGCUCAUGCCUGUAAUCCCAGCACUUUGCGAGGCCGAGGCAGGCGGAUCACCUGAGGUCAGGAGUUCGAGACCAGCCUGGCCAACGUGGUGAAACCCCAUCUCUACCAAAAAAAAAAAAAAAAAAAUACAAAAAUUAACCGGGCGUGAUGGCGGGCGCAUGUAAUCCCAGCUACUCAGGAGGCUGAGGUAGGAGAAUCGCUUGAACCUGGAAAGCGGAGGUUGCAGUCAGCCGAGAUCGCGCCAUUGCACGUCAGCCUAGGUGACAAGAGCGAAACUCCGUCUCAAAAUAAAUAAAUAAAUUAAUUAAAAUAUGUAACCGGUGGGUCGCUGUGGCUCACGCCUGUAAUCCCAGCACCCUGGGAGGCCGAGGCAGACGGAUCAUUUGAAGUCAGGGAUUCGAGACCAGCUUGGCCAACAUGGUGAGACCCCAUCUCUACUAAAAAUACAAAAAUUAGCUGGGCGCGGUGGCGCACGCCUGUAAUCCCAGCUACUCAGGAGGCUGAGGUAGGAGAAUCGCUUGAACCCGGGAGGUGGAGGUUGCAGUGAGCCAAAAUUGUGCCACUGCACUCCACCCUGGGCGACAGAGCAAGACUCCAUCUCAAAAUAAAUAAAUAAAUAAAUAAAUCUCAUAUAAGUAUGUGUGUACAAAUUUAUACAUAAAUACUUUUAACACAAAUGGUAGCAUAUUAUACUUGCUGUUCUGCACCUUACUUUGUUUCUACAAUUACUUUGGAGAUUUUUUUCCAUAUCACAUAUACAACGGAUCCACCGCAUUAUUUUUUAUUGCCGCAUAGUAUUCCAUUGCACAGUGGUUUCACUUAUUUCAACAGUUUCUUAUUGAUGGACAUUCGGAUCUUAACUAAGAAUUGAACUUAAAUAAUCCAGAAAUUUUUACAAUAAUGAAAGGUCGGCUGGAGUUGAGGCUAAAAGUUUUCACAUAUUCAAGACUUGACUCCAGAAUAUUCUUUUGACCAGAAGGGGGAAUGCAAGUGGCAGGAGAAGCGAAAAGCUGGGAAAUUUCCCGGGCCAAUGGGGAAGCAGUGGAGCCGGCAGGGAAUUACUGCCGGGUAGGAGUUCGCAGAGGAGCACCUUACUUUUGGAGUAGGAGGCCAUGCUGCAAACCCAGACUUUUCAGGCUGCAUCUCAGAUAUACCGAAGUGUGUACCCGCUACGCACAGUGCGGUGAUGCCUGGCCACCUCCAGCCUCCAGCGGGGACCUCCUGCCCAGGCGGAGUCUGAAUGCCCACCGCCACCAGCCCACGCGCGCAGUGGGCGUACACGUGGUGACCUGCCUGCGGCUGGGUUCCCAGCUCCGGCUCCUCCUCCCUCCAGCUCUCCCUCGGCUUCCUGCAGUAUCACGUGCAGCCGCGCUGGGUGCAGGAUGGCGGCGGCCGCGGCGGCGGCAGCAGCGGUGGGUGUCAGGCUCCGGGACUGCUGCAGCCGAGGCGCGGUGCUCCUGCUCUUCUUUUCCCUGUCUCCUCGGCCCCCGGCCGCCGCCGCCUGGCUGCUGGGCCUGCGGCCCGAGGACACUGCUGGAGGCCGCGUGUCCCUGGAGGGGGGCACCCUGCGCGCCGCCGAAGGCACCAGCUUCCUCCUGCGUGUCUAUUUCCAGCCAGGACCGCCGGCCACCGCCGCACCGGUGCCCUCACCGACCCUCAACUCGGGGGAGAAUGGCACCGGCGACUGGGCUCCGCGGCUGGUGUUCAUCGAGGAGCCGCCGGGCGGUAACGGCGUGGCCCCCAGCGCGGUCCCCACGCGCCCCCCGGGACCGCAGCGCUGCAGGGAGCAGAGUGACUGGGCAUCGGACGUGGAAGUCCUGGGGCCCUUGCGUCCCGGGGGCGUGGCAGGCUCGGCCCUGGUCCAGGUGCGAGUGCGGGAGCUGCGCAAGGGCGAGGCGGAGCGGGGCGGCGCGGGCGGUGGCGGGAAGCUCUUUUCACUCUGCGCCUGGGAUGGGCGCGCGUGGCACCACCACGGCGCCGCCGGCGGCUUCCUGCUGCGCGUCCGCCCGCGGUUGUACGGCCCAGGCGGGGACCUGCUGCCCCCUGCGUGGCUGCGGGCGCUCGGGGCGCUCCUGCUGCUAGCCUUGUCGGCCCUGUUCAGCGGCCUGCGCCUGAGCCUGCUGUCGCUGGACCCGGUGGAGUUACGGGUGCUGCGGAACAGCGGCUCGGCCGCCGAGCAGGAGCAGGCGCGCCGCGUGCAGGCCGUUCGCGGCAGGGGGACCCAUCUGCUCUGCACCCUACUCCUGGGCCAAGCCGGAGCCAACGCGGCCCUGGCUGGCUGGCUGUACACCUCGCUGCCGCCGGGCGUCGGGGGCACCGGGGAAGACUACAGCGAAGAGGGGAUCCACUUCCCGUGGCUGCCGGCGCUCGUGUGCACCGGCGCGGUAUUCCUGGGCGCCGAAAUCUGCCCCUACUCAGUGUGUUCGCGGCACGGGCUGGCCAUCGCCUCGCACAGCGUGUGCCUGACCCGGCUUCUGAUGGCAGCCGCCUUCCCCGUGUGCUACCCGCUGGGCCGCCUGCUGGACUGGGCGCUGCGCCAGGAGAUAAGCACUUUCUACACGCGGGAGAAGCUGCUGGAGACGUUGCGGGCCGCAGACCCCUACAGUGACCUGGUGAAGGAGGAGCUCAACAUCAUUCAGGGUGCCCUGGAGCUGCGCACCAAAGUGGUGGAGGAGGUGCUGACCCCCCUGGGAGACUGCUUCAUGCUGCGCUCAGACGCGGUGCUCGACUUCGCCACUGUCUCCGAGAUCCUGCGCAGCGGCUACACUCGCAUCCCAGUGUACGAGGGUGACCAGCGGCACAACAUUGUGGACAUUUUAUUUGUCAAGGACUUGGCCUUCGUGGACCCCGACGACUGCACCCCGCUCCUCACUGUCACCCGCUUCUACAACCGGCCCCUGCAUUGUGUUUUCAAUGACACCCGACUGGACACGGUUCUGGAGGAGUUUAAGAAGGGAAAAUCUCACCUGGCCAUUGUCCAGCGGGUGAAUAAUGAGGGAGAAGGGGACCCUUUCUAUGAGGUGAUGGGCAUUGUCACGCUGGAGGAUAUCAUAGAGGAGAUUAUCAAGUCGGAGAUCCUGGAUGAAACUGAUCUCUACACUGACAAUCGGAAAAAGCAGAGGGUCCCGCACCGGGAGCGGAAGCGGCAUGACUUCUCCUUGUUUAAGCUUUCGGACACGGAGAUGCGGGUGAAGAUCUCACCACAGCUUCUGCUAGCCACACACCGCUUCAUGGCCACAGAAGUGGAGCCCUUUAAGUCUCUGUACCUUUCGGAGAAGAUCCUGCUCCGGCUCCUGAAACAUCCCAACGUGAUCCAGGAGCUGAAGUUUGAUGAGAAGAACAAGAAGGCCCCGGAACACUACCUCUACCAGCGCAACCGCCCUGUGGACUACUUUGUGCUGCUUCUACAGGGUAAAGUGGAGGUGGAGGUUGGUAAGGAAGGCCUUCGCUUUGAAAAUGGAGCCUUUACUUACUAUGGCGUCCCAGCCAUCAUGACCACUGCCUGCUCAGAUAAUGACGUGCGGAAGGUUGGAAGUCUGGCUGGAUCUUCUGUCUUUCUGCCCGUCUCUGUGUCUCGUACCUUCGCUGUCAGCAGAGGGGACUCUCUGGCAGGCUCCCCAGUAAACCGGUCCCCUUCUCGCUGCAGUGGGUUGAAUCGCUCUGAGUCUCCAAACCGAGAGCGCAGUGACUUUGGGGGCAGCAACACCCAGCUGUACAGCAGCAGCAACAACCUCUACAUGCCUGACUACUCAGUCCACAUCCUCAGCGAUGUGCAGUUUGUGAAGAUCACACGGCAGCAAUAUCAGAACGCACUCACUGCCUGCCACAUGGACAGCUCACCUCAGUCCCCUGACAUGGAGGCCUUCACAGACGGGGACUCCACUAAGGCCCCCACAACCCGGGGCACACCCCAGACCCCUAAGGAUGACCCCGCCAUCACGCUCCUCAACAACAGGAACAGCCUGCCGUGCAGCCGCUCAGAUGGGCUGAGAAGCCCCAGCGAGGUAGUGUACCUGAGGAUGGAGGAGCUGGCCUUCACCCAGGAAGAAAUGACUGACUUCGAGGAGCACAGCACACAGCAGCUCACGCUGUCUCCUGCAGCCGUUCCCACGAGAGCAGCAUCAGAUAGUGAAUGUUGUAACAUCAACCUGGAUACAGAGACCAGCCCCUGCAGUAGCGAUUUUGAGGAAAACGUGGGCAAGAAGCUGCUGAGAACCUUGAGUGGCCAAAAAAGGAAGAGGUCACCAGAAGGAGAGAGAACCUCUGAGGACAACUCCAAUUUAACACCUCUGAUCACAUGACAGGGCAAAGCCAGCAUUCACUGGGUGUGUGAAAUUCCAGAGCUGUGGGGGAGAAUCCACCCUCCCAUCAUCUGCUUCCCCCAAGGCCUCCCACAGGUGACAGAAUGUUCUGCCUUCCCUUCCGUCUCUUCACCCCUAGCUGUCAGUUUGGCAGAUUUUCCCUCGUUACCUCCAGUUCGACUCAGAACCUUGACAUGGCCAUAACAGAAGGAGGUGCCUCUGAUAGAACAUGCUAGAGAUGGUCUUUUCCACAGCAUAGUCUGGGACUGGAAAAGAGAUGUCUGACUGCAAGCUGACAAUGCCACUCUGGGACCCCUGAUGCUCUUCUUUGUUCUUUGGGUCCCCUGAUGCCAUAGGAGACCUAUCGUCUUGGAACUUGCCAUUCUUUCCCCCACAACAAAAUGUUAACUUUCUAACACAUUUCAUGCAUAGCUUGGCUCAGAAGGUGCCAUUGGCAGACAGGCACAUGGGAGGCUGGAGUAGGAGGUCUGAAGAUUAGUUCAGGGGAUGGACCAAGAAUUUCCCCCAGAGCUUUAAAGAAGUGGGACUCAGCCAUGUUGGCGCGUGAUUGACAUUACAGCACAGAAAACUGUUAGUGACUGGUUUCCUGUUAGAUAAGGGUUCCAGCAGCCUGGGGCAGUAUGUCUCAGCUGGAAUGGAAAGAAUGUGAGAUGGAACCUCAAGUCACUGUUUUUACCAGGGACACAUCUGUUUUGGCUCCCAAUCAGCAGUCUUCAAUCGAUCAAUAAUUCUGCUCUGGAAGAGAAGGAACAGGGAGCAGAGAGACCCAACUGGGAGCCAGAGAUGGAACUUCAGGUCUUAAGUGCAAAUCAAAGCAAAAAACAAACAAAACUUACAUGGAAAAACUGUAAGUGCUGAAAGCAAGUUUAGCCAUGAUAAACCAAAGAGUGCCCAGGUCAGCCAAGAAAGAUACAUAAUCUCAUGGGACUUCAGUGAGAGUUACACAGGAAUGUUGAAGAAUCAUUCUUCUUUUUCAUGCAUUUGUCCUUUUCCCACCCCCUUACUACACCCUAGCAGAUCAGCUGAGUGUACUUUAUUCCAAGAACUUACUGGAUCUCUGGUUUUUCUCCUGAAGUUGGGGCAGGUGCAAUUCCAAGCGUAACCACCAGAUGGCAGAGUGACCGCGCAUACCUGCUUCCAAGAAUAAAACAGUUCUGAAAAGCAACCACAAAGCCGGGCGCGGUGGCUCACACCUGUAAUCCCAACAGUUUGGAAGACCGAGGCGGGUGGAUCACUUGAAGUCAGGAGUUUGAGACCAGCCUGGCCAACAUGGUGAAACCCCAUCUCUCCUGGGCGUGUAGUCCCAGCUACUCGGGAGGCUGAGGCAGGAGAAUCGCUUGAACCUGGGAGGCAGAGGUUGCAGUGAGCUGAGAUCACACCACUGCACUUCAUCCUAGGCAACAGAGCGAGACUCUGUCUCCCCCCGCAAAAAAAAAAAAAAAAAGAAAGAAAGAAAGAAAGAAAGAGAAAAGAAAAGAAAAGCAACCACAGCCAGCCUUAGGGAAAACUUGGAAGUAAGUGAAAUUUGUCUUCAGAAUAACUAUCUCCCUUUCUGAUCUGUCUCCUACUCUUUAGAUGUUCUCAGUCAGGUACUCACUGAACUCAUUGAUCGAGUGCUGUCUGCUAAAUCUCCAAACCAUUCCCAAACCUUUCCCCGUAGUAUACCAUCCAGCUUCCCUCCCCUUCCUCCAAAACCCUCCCUCCCACCUCCCCACACCCAUUCAGUCAUUCACAGGGAGGAGGGAGACUGAUCAUUCCUCUGGGUUAUCUGCAUCUCAAAAGAAAAUGCUUACCCACUGGAACUGUUAACUCAGGGGUUCUUAACUUGGGGUCCAUCACCCCAGGGGGUCCAUAGUUGGACUUCAGAGGGUCUAUGAAACCCCUAAAACUGUCAGUAUUUAAUGUAUUUAUUCUUGUAUGUUUUUUCCAGAGCAUUAAAGCUUUCAUAAGGUUCUCAAAGGUCUCAGACCUACAAAGAGUUAAAACAAACAGACAAACAAAAAAAAAAACACUACUAUUUUAAAUAGUGGAACUUUCAGCCCAGCGUUUCUGCAAUGCAGAGUGAAGUGGAUACUGGGCAGUUCGAGACAGGUUUUUAAUCAUAAGUGGUCUUUUCAAAUGUCCAUCAAUUGAUGGGGAAGGCUGGCACCCACCAAGAAGUGGAAGUCCUCAGAAAUUCUUGGCACACCCUAGAGUAUUGUACAACCAACACCCCCACAUAACUUUGUCCCCUCUUCCCCAACAACCCAGAGCAGGUGUUGCAGACAGGAGGGCCACAGCGUGUGGAAGUAAAGACUUUGGAGCUAGAGAUGCCUUUUCCAGCAAUGAUUAUUGACUUCACCACACCCCUCGCCUGGCCUGGCCUGAGGCUCAGCAGUGCAUGACUUCUCGUAGAUAACUUCACAGUCAUCCAGUCCCAACACCUGCUCUUGCCUGGUAGGAACAGGCGAAGUGUCAGCCCUCAAUGUUGGGUACUUAGACCCAAACCAAUAAAUGGUGAGUUUUGAACAAGAACUACCAUCAUGCAGGCUUCCUGCCCAGCUGACCACUGGCCCCAGGGGUGCCUGCCUGGCUGGUCUUCAUCACCCGAGGCCACCAGGCUCAAGCCACUGCUGUUGCAUUACACCCAUCCCUUUGCAAAAUCCCUAUGGAGCCUGUCACCGCUCCCCUCCCUAUAUACCCCCACCCCACAAAGAUUUUCUUCAGGUUAAAAAAAAAGUUUAAAAAAAAGAUUUUAAAAUAAAGCAUUUAUGAAGGCUCAAUAAAUUGUAAAUAAUUUUUAAAUAAAAUGAAAAUGCCUUUCCUGGAA